UAUCUCAGAGAUUCAGAGACUGGGUAAGAACUCCAACGAAGACUUUCACUGUAGAUUGGCUUAACUUGAGAUUAACCAGAGAAUCUUGACUAGAAUAAAGAUGAAUUCUGAAGAUUGUUCCCUAACAGAGAACAGCUCCUUGCACGUGGAGAGAGGACAACAAAAUAAUGCUGCCAGUCCUCACUUUGCAACAUAUCAUGAAGGAUCCCUUCAAGUUCCUAUUCCAUGUGCUGUAGUGAAUGUGGUCAUCAUCACUGUUUUAAUCAUAGCUCUCAUCUCUUUAUCAGUGGGCCGAUACAAUUGUCCAGCCCAAUACAAUUGUUCAGACCAAUACAAUUGUCCAGAACCAUCAAACAGCCAUGUUUCUUCAUGCCCAGAUGAUUGGAUAGGAUACCAGAAGAAAUGCUACUUUAUUUCCAAUAUAACAAGAAACCAGACCUUUGCUGAAAAGUCUUGCUCCGAACAUAAUGCUACUCUUGCUCUCAUUGAUUCUGAAAAGGACAUGAUCUUUUUAAAACGAUAUGUGGGUAGAGCUGAACACUGGAUUGGACUGAAAAACGAAGCUGAACAGACGUGGAAAUGGUUAAAUGGCAAAGAAUUUAACAACUGGUUCAACCUUACAGGAUCUGGGAACUGUGCAUUUCUAAAAAGCACAGAAGUCAGCAGCACAAAGUGUGGGAAGAAUUUACACUGGAUAUGUAGCAGACCCUUCAAAUAAUGAGGAAUCAUAUUUGAUUAUAGACUAUUAUAUCAUGGAAUUCAAGGACAUUUGUGUGGAUGGAUGCUGCUCUAUGGUCAGACAUUUUCCAUAAAGACUUUGUAGAAAAACUUUGUAUUAUUUUGGAAAACUUCCUCUAAACAAGACUGUGGAAAAAAAGGGAGAGAAUUUCCAGGAAUAUCUGCAGUGUGGAAUGCUCCUGUCACGAGCUGAAAACAUCACAAAUUGACUGAUAAUUAUGUCCAAGAUAAAGAAGGAUGACUUUAAACCUUUGAAUGCACUUUAUCUUUUUUCAAAUUCAGGAAUAAUAAAAUAGCUAGGUUUAGAGUUAUUAUUUAUUGUUGAAUGACUACCAACAAUGAGUGUCCCUCACGCAUUUGCACUAUUUGAAGGAGGUAGAUGGUGGUAUUAAAAACCCAGUGUAAACAAAGAGAAUUUUAACUGGUAAUACAGAUAUUUAGUCCAAAUGCAUUUUUUUAAACUCAGAGAGCAUUUAUAAGUGGACAAGUGCUUAUGAAACUAAGCUUUGUGAUAUUUCUCUCUUUUUGGAGAAGUUCGUCAGAUUACUUUGUCACUUUUCCCCUGAAAGAAUAGGAUGCCAUGUAUUUAUGUUGUCUCUUUUUUCUUCUUUAACAUAGACUUGUCUUUUUCAAUGAUACAGUAUUCAUUGCCUUUAAAACCUCAUACACAGUGUUUUACAAAGAUAAGGACAAAACCAAUGAUUAUGAGGAAUAUUUGUAAAACAGAUAAGUGUUGCAAAGUGUGCAAUAUGUGAUGCAGUAAAUCUCUAUUAGAGAAAAUUCUAUAUUUUUCAAACCUAGAAUAAUACAAGUCUUAUCUGAUUAUAUAUUUGUGCCUCUCUCAAUCAAUUCUAUCAUCUGCAGUACUUCAUGUGAAGUAUUCUUUAGUGCAAUAAAGUGUUUGUCUGUCUUUUGUAUUCAAUACAAUUAU